AUGGAGGAGUACCUGACCCCAGCAGCCACCGCUCACCUUAGUCAACACCCAGAAGGACUACCACCGCCUCUACAACACCCCGCUAUUGGCCAGAUCCAGGGCCGAUACAACAAGGGCGUGGUCCAGUAUCUCGGUCUGAAUUAUGCCGUUCUGAGGCAUCGAUUAGCAGAUCCAGAGGUCACUGAGUACUCUGGACUCGCACAGCUUGAUGCCACGAAAUAUGGUCCGCCAGUAGUAACGCCAGAUGGCUCUGCAGACCAAGAGAUGGCCUUCAUCCAAGAGCAUCUGCCAAAGUUUGACGUGCCUCCCAUGUCAGAUCUACAUGGCCUAAAUUUAAAUGUGACGGUACCCCAGGACUGCAGUAGGAAACUGCCAGUCGUUGUCUAUAUUCACGGUGGCGGGUUCAACUUUGGCUCCAGUUCGAAUCCCCCGUAUGACCAGUCCAAAAUUGUCGAGCUGUCUGCCAUCAUGGAUCAGCCAAUUGUAGCUGUCAACUUAAAUUAUCGUCUCGGUAUACCCGGCUUUCUCUUCUCCAAGGAGCUGUUUGCUGCUGGUAUCAAGGCAAACCGUGGCCUUCGCGACCAGCGCGCUGCCCUGAUAUGGGUGAAAAAGUAUAUCUCGGGAUUUGGUGGAGAUCCAGAAAACAUUACAGUGCUUGGGCAGAGUGCGGGAGCUGCCUCAGUCAACUUUCUCAUGCACUCGACGGAGCCUCUUUUCCAACAAGCUAUGCUCUUGGGAGGAACCUUUCUGAUGAUGCGCCCCGCUACCGAGAAAGCUGCUGAUAACGCGUAUGAGGGUAUCAUUCGAACCCUUGGCAUCUCGGGGCUGUCCCCAAGCGAGCGGCUUGAGGCUCUCCUUAGUAUGCCAGAGGAAAAGCUUGUCGAGGAAAUCACACCAGAGCUUGUGUCUCUGGGACCUGUUGUAGACCAUGAUUUCAUUCCUAUGAGAACCACUUUUAGCAAUCUCGGAGAUGAAAUCGAGUUCCCAAUUCCUGGGAAGAAAUGGUGCCAUCGUCUCUUUUCGGUCGACAGCCAAUUUGACGGCUCCAUAUUUGGACUCGUUAACCUGAACGCACGGAAGAACGGCAUUGCUUCUGCAUUCCAAGAUUCACUGGAGCGAAGUCUGGGACGAGAGGAGGCAGGCAAGGUGCAAACAUUCUAUAACAUCGCUGCAGACACGUCCGACCCGCAAGCCCUCGAUUCCAUCAUUCAAUUUGUCACCGACAUCAGUUUCUAUGCGCCUGCAGUUCGGAUGGCAGAAUCAUGGCCUGGGCUGUCAUACGUAGGCCACUUUAAUGAACGCAAUCCCUUUGAAGGACCCUACAAGGGGCGCGCUAGCCAUAUGCUCGACGUAGCCUAUAUUUGGGGCAACUAUAAUCGCAAGUACACCAAACAAAAUUGGAUUACUGCACGCGCCUUCGCCGAGGAUUUCGUGUCUUUCGUCACUGGAAGAGAUCAACUCCCGGUUUUCAAGAAGAAGGAUGAGGGAACGAAAAUCUCAAGACCCGUUACUGUAUACGGGCCUAGUGAGCAGAAUAUCUCAAGCAAGGUUGUUGAGCUGGGUUCACUACCUACUGGCAGGAAUCAUGGAAUAUUCACCUUAGCAGCCGAGGUCGGCGGUCUGGAUGUUCUUCUAGAUGCGAUGGGUGCAUUUCUAUCAGGACAAUAG